AUGGCGAAGGAGCAACAUAAAAGAUUGCGGGUGAUAAUAAUGGAAGAAAAUAAUAUUGUUGAUGAGUACUCCAAUUAUGGUUGGAAGCCGAAAGUGGGAAUGCCAUUUGACUCUGAACAAGCCGCAUAUGACUUUUACAAUAUCUAUGGGGGAAAGGUGGGCUUCAAUAUUAGGAAGGCCUAUGCAAACAAGAACAAACAUACGAAGAAGAUAACAUCACGAACGUUUGUAUGUUACAAAGAGGGAAGUUGGGGUAUUGACAAACGAGAUCCACUUGUCAAAAAUCCGAGACAAGAGGUAAGAUGUGGUUGUACAAUUUCAAGAAAAUAUAUUGCUUAUGAUUUUGUUAAACACCAUAAUCAUGACCUUGUGCCUCAAGAUUGCAUUCAUAUGUUGCCAUCCCAAAGAAAAAUAUCUACCACCCAAGCAAUAGAAGCAGAAUUGGCUUCAGAAUCUAGAAUUCCUCUUAGGUCUACUUGUGAGCUAUUUGGUAGGGAAUCUGGUGGAAGAGCAUCACUUGGCUUCACGAAAUUGGACAAAAAAAAUUACUUAACAUCGAGGAGAGAAAAGAUUUGGAAUAUGGAGAAGCGAGUAGUGUGA